UCUCUCUCUCUCGCUCAACCAAAUUUUCAACUCUGAAGUUGGGGAUUUUGGAAUUCGAGUUAGGGGUUUGAAUUAUUGUGUUCUGCAAUAUAUGGAUCUUCAACUGCUGAACAAGGGCUUGAAUUUCUCUCGGAGAAGGAAGAAGUGGCUUAUCGCUUUUGCUUUGUUAGGUGUUUCCAGUUAUGGUUGUUAUAAGGUUUAUCACUUGCCCUCUGUGGCGAGGAAGAGGAAGAGAAUUUUCAAGCUCUUGGGAGCUUUCAUUUCAAUUGCCGAAAUGGUUUCCGAUUCCGCGGAUACAAUUGGUGUUGUCUCCAAGGACCUCAAGCAUUUUUUGCAGUCUGAUUCUGACCAAAUUCCCACUAGUUUGAAGCAAUUGUCCAAAAUUGCAUUGUCAGAGCAGCUUUCACAGUCACUGAUUAGGGUUUCUGAGGCUAUGACAGUUGGGAUUUUGAGAGGGUAUUAUUGUUCGGAGACCAGAAAUGAGAUUGAACAAGGUUCGAAUUCGAGUUUUUCCGAUCGGGUUAUGGAUAAAAUCAUGUCUACAGCUGGGACUGGAUUUGUGUCUGUUGUUGUUGGUAGCUUUGCCCGAAACUUGGUUUUGGCUUUCUAUUCGAAUGGCCAAUCCGAUGAAUGUUCGAAUGGGGACGGACUAGUCUGUGCAUCCCAUGGUUUUGGGUCGGACUCAUUGGCUUUGCCUGAAUGGUUAAAUGUUGUGUCGAGCGAUAAGUGUAAACUACUUAUAGCUGAUUGCAUCCAGAAUUUUGUCAGCACAGCAGUUGCUGUUUAUCUUGACAAAACAAUGGAUGUUAACGUAUAUGAUCAAAUGUUCUCUGGGAUUACAAAUCCCAAGCACCAAACCAAAGUGAGUGAUUUUCUGGUUUCUAUUUGCAAUGGUGCGGUGGAAACACUUGUGAAAACAUCUCACCAAGUACUGACAAAGUCAAAAUCCAAUCCAGACUCGAGUUCAAGUUAUUCUGCUUCCAUUGAUGAUCAAAGCACAGGUCCGAGCGGAAUAAGGGAGGAGUUUCCUGAGCAAGUAUCGCCUUCCUCAGAACUGAAACUGAAAAGCAUGUCUAAUGAGAUUCAAAAUAAUGGGUGGGUGAGUACUGUUUCAUCCACAUUGACAGUCCCAAGCAAUAGGAGGUUUUUGCUUGAUGUGACCGGGAGGGUGACGUAUGAAACAAUUAGAUCUCUCGUGGAAUUUUUCUCGUGGAAGGUAUCGGAUGGUAUGAAAAGAAGUCUUAAUGUAGUUCAUGACGAGGUUGUGGACAGAGGGCUAGAAGUUAUCAGAUAUGUUUGUGUUAAGUCUUCUGUUAUUGUUACCAUAUGUCUUGUGUUGUAUUUGCAUAUCAUGGGUGGUACUAGGGCUCUGUUGCCUGCUUAAAUUGAUUAUUUGUUUCCUGCAGAAACUAUUCAUAUAUGAGGAAAUCUUAUUGACAUCACUUUUUUUUUUCUUUUUUUCGCCCGGGGGGGGGUUUUUUUUUUUUUUUUUUAUUUUUUUAUAUCAUUGUCUCUGUUAUUUAGCAUGGAAUAUUGUGAAUUUACUGGCAGAAGUUUUAGGUUCUGUGACCAUAGUUUUCAGUUGGUAGUGUUCAUGGGCAUUCAAUAUUGAAUACUUUAUAAGAAGGAAAGGCUAAAUUUUGUUUGCUUUUUGUGAAUUCUGCAAGUGCAUCUCUUUAGUGCUGUGGGAAGAGAACUUAAACAUUUGCGCAACGUUUAACGAGUCAUUUGAACCAGGAAAUCGUCUGUAAAUAUGUGAACGUGGUAUGCUCCGAUUUAUUGGCUUUCAUCAAGAAGAGGUCUUAAAGUGGAAAUUGUUCAGUGUGAAAGAGAAUCAAGAAGCAACAACUAGCCUCCUGGUGCUAUCUUGGUGACUUGUCCAAAAUUUCUCCUAAGCCAACAGUGACUUAUCUUUUUUUUCCCUUUUUUUUAUGGGGUGUGUGGGGGAGGAUCGAGUUCUGUGUCUUAAAUUGCAAUAAGGGUUACAAGCAGGGUGAUUUUGUCAGCUGCCUCUACUUAGAUUAAGCUCGUGAAUGUUACCUUUCCUGUUGUUUUUGCAAUGGUGUAAAACUGCAACUGUAUAAAACCAGAAUAGAAUUUGAGAUGUAGGUUUCAUUUCUUUAUUAUGAUAUGCAUGGGGAUCACCUUGUAGCCUAAAUAAAAUACUUUUCUGGAA